CCACCGGAAUCGGAUCCAGUCAAACUUCUUUUUCUUCAGAUAUUAUUUUUAUUUUUUGACGGGUCUGAGCUUUGCCCAACUGCACAUUGUUUCCUCAACUCCAGCGGUCUUCUCUCAUCUCACCACAGCCAUGAGCGACGACGAGAUGUGGAAUGGCCGUGACUGGGCCUGCCUCAUCCUGUACACCACGCUGUUUGCCAUCACCGGCACCCUGUUCGCGCUGAACGUGCGCAAGGCAGAGACAUGGCGCUGGAACCCACAGCGGCUCUUCUUUGUCCUCCUGCUGUUCCAGUCUGCAGGUCGAAUCGUUUACUUUAUUCUCGCGAUUGGCGAGCGAAACAAGUACUUUCCAGUCAACGACGUUGCGAUUUCAGUGACUGCAUCCAUCCCAGCGUCAAUCUUCUUUACAACAUUCACGGUUCUCUUGUAUACAUGGUCUCGCGUUGUCACACGAUUUUCACGGUCAUUGCGCGGGAUCGGAGCUUUCUCAAGUUUCACGCCGUUCUGCAUCCUCAUCAACGUUUUGGUGUACUUCAACGUCAUCAUCCACUUUGCAUUACGCUACUCGGUGGAGGAUGGCAGCAAUGAGGACCAGGUCGAGCACUCGUAUGCCUACAUCAUCGGGGCGUUCUCCGUGCUCCUGGCACUGGUGUUUUUCAUUUGCGGCCUGCAACUCUUCUUCUUCCUCCGCAGCGACCCCCACUACAGCAGUCAAGCGCGCACGAACGAAAUGCUCACAUCCAUUUCGAUGUUGACCAUGCUCUGCUUGUUCUGUUUUUCGUUCCGUGCGAGCAUCAUUUUCGUCUAUCUGACGGACAUUUCGUCGCACUUUACAGUCAGCUUGCUGUACUACACAUUCUCCGAGCUGCUCCCAUCCUCGGUGAUGCUCUUCAUCUUUCGAAAGCUUCCGGACGGAGCCGUCGAGUUUGCCGUGGCCAACGCCAACCGCGGCGGAUACGGCACCAUGUCCACGCCCAGAAAGCGCAGCAGCGUGCGAGGCGCCGUCACCGUGGGUCUCCACAAGGCACACGACCAAGGCCAGGUGUUCCCCGUUACAGGAGGCACGGAGCAGUCGACGUUCGGAGUACUGGCAACGUCCGCCUCGUCCUCAGCCGUGUCGUCUCGAUUUACGACAUUGUAUGGUCCUGUUGGCACCGACCACUCUGCCAUGUCCACUGAGCGAUUACUGGACCAAGUAGAUGAAGCUGGCGUUGAAGACGAGGAAGCAUAGUUCUGGUCGUUUUCCCUGUAUUUUUGCAUUUUGUUGUUUGUUGUUUGCGAGUUUUUGGUCGCUUUUUUUGGUUUUGUUUUGCUGGAUGAUGUUAGCUCGUUGCGCUUUUCCCCCCCUGUUGGUUGUUAUUUCAUUUCAAAGUCGUUUUACAUUUUAUUCGCCCAGCACACCAA